CCUAUACCAAGUCAAAACACUAAAACUGUGAAAAAUAUUCUUUAUAGCCAUAGGAGGCUGUGGAUUGAUCAUUGGUGAUGUUACACAGUGUACUCAGUAAGCAAUAAAGCUACAAUAUCAUUUUUACCAAAAGGUCAGAAAUGAAUCAUGUGAAUGUUCAUGUCAGCAUUUAUGUACUACACAGUACAUAGUGCAAUAUUCACUACUUAUUGUUUUUAAUGCUGAAAGUAAAGAGGUCAAGGUCAUUCUUUAGAGAGGAGACAAAGGAGCUGUAAGGGAGUGAGAGACUAUCAUAGUACAAGUGUAAGGAAUGGGGAAUGAACUGAGUGCAAGUAGCAUCUAUAAGAAAGGCAAAGGCUACUGUCUUAUCAUUAAUAACAGAAAAUUUGCCAAGUUACUCUCCAGAGGGGAAGAGAAUGAAACCAGCAGUCACGAGAAAAUAAAAAAUGCUUUUCUCGAUCGUGGCUUUAGAGUCAAAAUCCUAACAGACUGCACAGCUAGUGAAAUGAUAGAGGGAAUUCAAAAACUUCAAAACUCUAAAAACUACAGCUCCCUCUUUAUCUUCUUUCUCUCCCAUGGCUAUGAAGGUGGAGUGUAUGGCACCAAUGGGGUCUGCCUCAGCUUUGAAGAGAUACAAAAUCAACUGACAACUGCUAACUGUCCAUCCUUUACUGACAAGCCAAAAAUACUAAUAUUCCCAACGUGUUCUAUGGGCGAGUGUCCAAGCCUUAGAGCAAAAGAGGAUGAUUUCUUACUCGUCUUUGGGACUCAAUCUCAUUCUCCAGCCUAUAGAGAUGAGGAGUUAGGAUCAGGCUAUAUUGAGAAGCUGCUAGAAGUCAUAGAAGAGAGAGGGGAUGGAGAACACAUGGAGGCAAUCCUAGAAGAAGUACAGAGAAAGAUGAGAAAUAAUGGGGACACUGUGUCACUGGGUCCAAACUAUCAGAGCUCACUUAAAGAUAAACUAUACUUAAAAGCAAAAAGGAGAUGGUCAAGCUCCAAACUUGUUACUGGUAGUGAUAGAAAGAGCCAUCAAACAAAUGGUAUACAAGAGGUUGGGAAGAGAGAGGAACAAGUGAUACCAGAAUUAUCUGUUUCGCCCAGUCAUUGCAAAAUAGUUCCCGGACUGCUAGUAGCAUCAACUAGCAGUAUAUGUACUCCACAGUCCCUUGAAAGAUCACCUCAUUCGUCCUUAGAAAGCGGAUCACUUGAGGGCAUCAAUAUAAAAGUGAAAAGCUCAGAGAGCCAAGAAUCGUUAACGGAACUACUUGAGCAAGUACCGAAUGAAGUACUCAAUGAUGAAGAGUUUUUCUCGGACGAGGAGAGAGUCGAUCGGGAAGAACUUUCACCGACACUUCUCUGGGAUGACACAGAAGUAGACAAGGAAGGAAAAGAGGAGGAGAGAGUGGAGGAGAGGGAGGAGGAGCAAGAAACUGUCACACACACUCCAGAGAGAGAGGAGAGAGAAGCUUCUAUACAUACUCCAUCAAUAGUUUGUGUAGUGACAGUAGAAGGAUGGGUCAAUGUAAAUACUAAUAUCAAUGAACCAGCUACUAUACAGGAGGAAGAGGAUGAAAACGGGUUCAUAAUGGCCAGCCUCAUUCCAAUAAGGGAAAGAGAAGUAGAAGAUGGCUGGGUGGAAUUUUACUGAAGUCAUCAAUAAUCAUCACCAGGAGUCAUCACAAAGUAUCAUAUUGACGGGCACUAUAAUCACUUAAGACAAAAUUAUUGUUAACACAUCAUACAUAACAAUAAUAAUUUUUCUUUUUUUUUGAGUAA